AUUCGGAGCAAGCAAGAGGAACAUCGCACAGACCACUGCUUCCGAAGGAACUUCCCUUUCUGGAUUGUAAGUACAAAAAUAAGAGUUGUCAGGAAGUCAUGGAAACGGAAAAACUACUAUGGAAACUGCUUUUCAUUCAACUGUUACAAGCGUUCGAGUGUACCUCCAGCAACUUGGUGCAAUUGAACGUGUUGUUAAGCAGCCAACACAAUGCAACGCAGCACCGUUUGAUGUCGGCAAAGUUACAAAGUGUGGGAGCUAAAGACCAGGAAGUGUAUCUGGAUGUCUCGCUCUGGGAAGCCAAGCGACCAGAAGGGACCUACCUACUCACACUGGGUGCUGAAACCGCGGUGAAAGUACAACAACGGUUCAUGGACUACCACUCUUUGGCUGACUUACCAGGGCUGUACAAAUUGCAUCGAAGAGCAGCGACGUGGCCGGAGGCAAAUUCCGUGUGCAUCUCGGAAGGAGCACAACUACUGGUCCCCGACUCAGCUAAGGAAGCGCUAACUGCAAUCAAACUUCUCAUGGGCCAACCGCCACCGCCUGGAGUGGAUCGCUCGACCUACCUUUUCGUCGGAAUCACUGAUUCCGUUCAGGAAGGAUCGUACGUUUCUGUGACUGGAAAAUCAUUGAGCGAAUUGGGAUUUAACACGUGGUCUCCAGGUCAACCAGACAAGGGUGAUCAUUCAAACUGGGUUGCCAUUUAUACAGACGGUAAAUAUCACGAUAUACCUAAUACGUGGAAACUUUCAUUCAUGUGCAAGGCACCUCAGUAAGCACAAACCCAUAAAAUGGAAAUAAAGUUGUACGCAAGUGACUUACAUCAAUCACAUCAGUUCUUUACUCACUCGAAAUACACCUUCCUAAAAUACAUUAAGUCAUGGUUGAAAGUUCAUGUUCAUUUCAUCUCAAUUAUAGGUUUGAACAGUUUGAAUUUUCUUACAGGUGCUGUUUCACUGUCAGACAUAAUAAAUUUUUUUAUAAUUUUAAAUGUCAAUAUUUGCUCAUAACUUGCGUAAGAAAUACACACAUUGAUGCAUUCCACUGAAUACAGUAUCACAAUAUAUUUGCAUCAGCUCUACAUUGAAUGGACUCCAAUUGGUGUCGUGAAUAGUAUUUGUAGGACACUUCGUGCUGUUUCCUUGGGUUCGAGUAACCUAAUCAUUUCUCGAAGAGCACUGUGAAGAAAACAGGAGAACAAGAGAAGAGGAGAAACGGAAAAACACAAAUAUUGCUCCUAGUCAAUUAGUUCUUACUGUGAUUUAAAACAGUUUAACGGAAAAGCAAAACAUGAAUGUUAGUCUCCAAAGUGCCAGUUAGUCGAAAUGGGGAAUGUUUCUGUAUGACAGACCUGUAAGAUCUUGAAAUUUAAUGCGAAUUAAAUGGUGACAGCAAUUUAUCCCAUAAGGAAGCGGACGAGUAUGCAGUUUUCUUUAGAGUUCCUCCUGAAGUUUUGAUUCUCAUCCCGGAUAGCCAAGAAUGC